CGCAGUUUAGUUGGGGGGCCGAAAAGCCUUUCAGAAGUCCAGCAAAAGCCGGCAAGGCGCCGCCAACGCCGCCGCCAUCAUCGCCGGAGACGAUGGAGACCGCGGUGCCAUGGAAAGUCCUCGAGUUCUAUAGCGGCAUCGGCGGGAUGGGUUUUUGCGCCACCUGCCCUCCCCCGCAGAGGUACUCGCUGGCGGCGUCGGGCGCGCGGGCCGAGGUGGUGGAGGCCUUCGACAUCAACGACGUUGCCAACGAUGUCUACGAGCUCAACUUCGGCCACCGCCCAUACCAGGGAAACAUUCAAACACUCACUGCUAGUGACCUAGAUAAGUAUAAGGCACAAGCAUGGCUUCUUUCUCCUCCAUGCCAACCAUACACACGGCAAGGACUACAGAAGCAUUCAGCUGAUGCUCGAGCAUUUUCAUUCAUAAAGAUUCUUAACCUAAUGAAAAACAUGUGCUUUCCUCCACAAAUGUUAUUUGUGGAAAACGUAGUCGGAUUUGAGGUGUCUGAUACACAUGACCAGUUGAUAGAGGUUCUUUCAGAUCUCAAUUUCAACACACAAGAAUUUAUCCUAAGCCCCUUGCAGUUUGGUAUCCCAUAUUCUAGACCUCGCUACUUUUGUCUGGCGAAACGAGAACCUGUGAGUUUUCAAAAUCCAUCAGACAACAGCAAGCUGCUCCGGACACCUACAUUCCUAACAUUGGUAAGGGCAGGUCACAACAGAUGUAACCCGGAUGAAGAUGAGCUGGAACUAGUAUGCAAACCAAUCAGUGACUUCCUUGAAACAAUAAGUCUGAAUGUCGCUGAUCAGGAUUCUUCAGGUACAAUCUCUGACAUUAAUGGGUCUGAUGGAUGCACCCCAAGUGGAAUAAUUUCUCAAGAUUAUGUAGUCCCGCUAAACUUGAUUGAGCGGUGGGGGAGUGCUAUGGAUAUUGUAUGCCCUGAAUCAAAACGAUGCUGUUGUUUUACCAAAAGUUAUUAUCGCUAUGUCAAGGGGACAGGCUCCUUACUAGCUACGUCCAAUAACCUCAAACGAAUUUCCAAAGAGGACCUUGAAAUUUCUUCACUGAAGGAGUUAGGCUUACGAUUUUUCACCCCUCGUGAGGUUGCUAAUCUGCAUUCUUUUCCAUCGAGUUUCCACUUUCCGAAUCACAUAAGCCUUAGGCAACAGUAUGCUAUGCUGGGCAAUAGCCUGAGUGUAGCAGUUGUGGGGCCUUUGCUGCGUUAUCUGUUUGCUGAGACAUAGUGAUGUUCAAUCAGUUGGCACAUGAUGCUACACAGGACAAACACAUUGACCUUCCUUUGCCCGUGUUAUCACCCUAAAGCCAGGUUGGUUCGUGGGUAUGAUUCGUGUACUCCCCGAAGCUGAUGGUUGUGGUUCAAACCUUGCAACCCAAUUGGAGUGAAUUUCCCACAGUGGUGCAACUUCAACUUCAUAGGGCUUGGGGACUUGUCGAUUCAUCGGUGGGAAGAAGACAGCGUGCAUGAUGGCCCGGCAUGUAUCGGUGAAACUCUGACGCGAAUCUUACCUAGUAGAGUAGAGAAGCUUCCUCAGCAUUUUCCCUUUGCCCCAGGCAUAAGUUUUAAUAAUAAUGUUGAAUGUUUGAGGUGUUACAGCAUUUGACUCAUGCGCAUUGUGAAACGAGGUUAUUAUGGUUUAGAACUGAACUUCAACUUCAUGAGCUCACCAUUCGACUGUCUCAAAUCAGUUUGCUUUCUUGAUCUUUCUGCAAAGAGGCAAUAUUUUGACGA